AAGAGAGCAGAUGGUGAGGCUUCACUGGUACCGGUGUCGGUGUCAGACGCGUCUCAGUGCGGCUGACCUGCAGCGUGCAGAUGCUCGUUACUGCAAUCUCGCUUUACGGAGGAUCUAUUGAGCUGAUUUGUGUUCUUAAAACUUGCUGAAAUUUGUGCAUCGCAUCGCGUACCGUCGUCAUCGUCAGUGUGGAGGAGCUGCGGAUGCUGUUUGGGUCACACGGAGUAACAUCGUUCGUCUCAGCGUUACGUAGGUAUCCGUCUUGAGGCAUCAAAAGGAAAACAUCUGAGGUCCAGAGCAGAUGUUCUUGAGGAUUCUAUCCGAAGAGAUUUUAUUCUGGAUUAGAAGAAGGCAUUCAUGAGGAUUGCUAAUGCUGAACAUUCCCUUCAAGAUUUUACUUCAACUGGCUCUCAUCUAACUAUUGUUUGAGCAGAGAGCAGACAAGAUGACGCUUGGGCCUUGGCCUCCUCUACUCUGGCUGUGCGCGGCCUCACUUCUCGUCUCUCGGUCCCCCGCACACGCCACGGACUGCCCUCACUUGUGCGUAUGUGAGAUCCGACCUUGGUUCACCCCCCAGUCCACCUACAAGGAGGCGACAACUGUGGACUGCAACGACCUGAGACUGACCGGCAUCCCCAUCAACCUUUCAACAGACACUCAAGUGUUAUUGCUCCAAAGUAAUGCCAUCUCUCACACUGGGGGUGAGCUGGAAGCCUUGCAGAACCUGACAGAGUUGGACCUGUCCCAGAACAACUUCAGCUCCGUGGAAGCCGUAGGCCUGAAAAGAAUGAACCAUCUCACCACUUUGCAUCUGGAGGAGAACCAGAUCAGCCAGCUGCAGGACAACUGUCUGGGAAAUCUCUCCAGUUUACAGGAGCUCUACAUCAACCAUAACCUCAUUAACUCCAUCUCCUCUCGGGCCUUCGCCGGUCUGCACAAUCUGUUGCGUCUGCACCUAAACUCCAAUAAGCUUCACGUCAUUGACAGCCGCUGGUUUGUAGAAACUCCUAACCUUGAGAUCCUCAUGAUUGGAGAAAAUCCAGUCAUUGGCCUUUUGGACAUGAACUUCAAGCCUCUGGGAAGUUUGAGGAGUUUGGUCCUGGCUGGUAUGGAUCUCUUUGAUGUUCCUCCAAAUGCAUUUGUAGGAUUGGAUAACCUGGAGAGCAUAUCUUUCUACGAUAACAAACUGGUCCGAAUCCCUCAACUGGCACUGGAGAAAGUCCCCAAUUUGAAAUUUUUGGAUUUAAACAAAAAUCCAGUCCACAAAAUCCAGGAAGGAGACUUCCGAAACAUGCUUCAUCUCAAAGAGUUGGGAAUCAACAACAUGAUGGAGUUAGUGUCGAUUGAUCGCUACGCUCUAGACAACCUUCCGGAACUGACCAAGUUAGAGGCCACAAACAACCCCAAGUUGUCUUACGUCCACCGCCUGGCCUUCAGGGACAUGCCUUCCCUGGAGAGCUUGAUGCUCAACAAUAACGCGCUCACUGCUCUCUACCAGCAUUCGGUGGAGGCCUUGCCCAACCUUCGGGAGAUCAGUCUGCACAGCAAUCCCUUGCGAUGUGACUGUGUCAUCCAAUGGAUGAGUUCCAACAAGACCUCUGUGCGCUUCAUGGAACCCUUGGCCAUGCUUUGCACCUCCCCGCCAGAACUCAGGGGCCAGCGCGUUCGGGAGCUAAGACUGCUAGAGUCCUCCGAGCAGUGUAUCCCACUGAUAUGCCAUGACACCUUCCCCGGCCACCUCAACUUAAAUCUCGGAAUGAGCGUCAGUCUGGACUGUCGGGCCAUGGCUGAACCGGAGCCUGAGAUCUACUGGGUAACCCCGCUUGGAACCAAAAUCACGAUGGACACAGUGUCAGAGCGCUACCACCUGAGCAACGAGGGAACUUUGUGGUUGUCCCAUGUCCAAGUGGAAGACUCGGGACAUUACACCUGCGUGGCCCAAAACAUCGAAGGAGCUGACACACGGGUCGCCUCCAUUCGAGUGAACGGAACCCUGCUUGACAGCGCUCAGGUGAUGAGAAUUUACGUGAAACAGACAGAGUCCCACUCCAUCCUUCUCUCCUGGAAAGUCAAUUCCAAUGUCAUGUCCUCCAACAUCAAAUGGGCCUCUGCCACCAUGAAGAUCGACAACCCGCACAUCACGUACACGGCCCGUGUACCCGUGGAUGUUCACGAAUACAACCUCACCCAUCUCCAGCCUGCUACAGAGUACGAGAUCUGCCUCACGGUCUCCAACGUCCACCUGCAGACGCACAAGUCUUGCGUCAACGUCACAACCCGCGGUACCACUUUCGCCCUGAACCUGUCAAACCAGCACCCGAGCGCCGCCGUGCUAGCCGUCAUGGCAACCGCGCUAGCCUUCCUCAGUUUGGCUACAGUCGGCAUCUACACGGCCCGUAGAUGGAAGAGAAAGAACUAUCACCAUUCCUUGAAGAAAUACAUGCUUAAAACCUCGUCCAUCCCGCUCAAUGAGCUUUACCCGCCGCUCAUCAACCUGUGGGAGUCUGACGGAGAGAAGGACAAAGAUGGCAGCACAGAAGGAAAACCCUCCCCUGUCGAUACCACACGUAGCUACUACAUGUGGUGAGGAUGUAGCACAAACAGACAAGAACUCCUGAUAUUUUGACGCAAAAGUUGCUUUGUGAGCUUUGCUGAUAUGUGACAGAGUAAACAGGAAGGUUUUUUGUUUCCGUAGUAUAGCGUAUUGCGCUAAUUCUUUCUAUUUCUUGUUUUGUCUUUGAGGAAGCAGCUGUACUUAGCUUCAGUGUUACUUUCGUUGCUAUGUUGUAUUUGUGGUGCUUUUAAAACUGAGGUUAAUAAUACUGCAGCAGUGGCCAGGGGUCUUGUGGCAGCAUUAGUAAUGAAGAGUUGUUUUUUUCUGUUUUGUAAAACAGUUC